GGAAUGCACACACCCUCACUCUCAGUCACAUAAGUCGAUUAAGUCAAUGCUCCUUCUUGUUUUUCGCGAGUUCCCUCUCUGUUUUGUUUCUUGUUUGACGAGGUUGGGCUAAGUUGGAGCUCCAGGAGAGCAUGUACUGAAGGAGGGCUGAGCAGAACAACAUAGUUGCUAGAGAGGAAGGGCUGUUUCUUUGAAAACCUUUACAGGACUUUUUAAGUGGAGAGUCUUGACGGCGCCCACGAGAUUAAACCCCAGGAAUAGCUGAAUGACGCAAUGGGGGGUUGUUGAGUAGGGGGUAGGGAGGUGGUGAGAAGAGGGUAGGAAAUACUGGGGCGCUGAAUUUAAUAUUCCUUCCCCUGAUCUACAUCACACACAUCCUGACUGUAGGAAAGGAAAGGAGAGGGCCUUAAGGAGCAUGGAAGCACUGAGGGAGUCUUUUCUGCAUUUGACCUUUCAGAUGUCCACGUACAAGAGGGCCACUCUGAACGAAGAUGACCUGGUAGAUUCCAACGGGGAUGAGUUCUACCCCCCUGCCAUGCAGGUGAUACUGCGACAUGGUCCUGGUCCCAAGUGUUGGGCUGAGAAGACAUACACUGAACGGAGGCUGUUGGUCCUAGUGUGUGCAUUGUCUGUUGCCUUGUUCUUCUCUCUCAUCACUGUUGGGAUCUUCUACAAAGAGACUCACCCAGGUGUGUGUCAGACAGAACCAUGCAUUAUUGUGGCCAGUGCUGUGAUUGGAGCCCUGGACCGUUCUGUGGACCCCUGCCACGACUUCUACAGCUUUGCCUGUGGGGGAUGGGUACGGAACAACCCCCUCCCUGAGGGAAAGUCCCGAUGGGGUCCCUUCAGCAACCUAUGGGAGCGCAACAUGGCCAUCAUGAAGCACCUGCUAGAGAACACCACCAUGAAGGGGCUGAGCAAGGCUGAGGAGAAUGCCCAGAUGUAUUACAAGGCAUGUAUGAAUGAGACUAAGAUCGAGGAGUUAGGAGCUCAGCCUCUACAGGAGCUUAUCAAUCAGACAGGAGGAUGGGCCCUAACUGGCUCCUGGGACAAGAACAAUUUCCAGGAGGUUCUACGCACAGUGUCAGCCAACUACCAUUGCUCCCCCUUCUUCACUGUGUUUGUCAGUACAGACUCCAAGUGUUCCAACCACAAUAUUAUUCAGGUGGAUCAAUCUGGGCUGGGGCUACCCUCUCGGGAUUAUUACCUCAACAAAACUGCCAAUGCAAAGUAUCUGAAUGCAUACCUAGACUUCCUGGUGGAGUUAGGGGUCCUGUUGGGGGGCCCACAGGAGACAUCCAGAUCGCUGAUGCAGGAAAUUGUGGACUUUGAGACCACCCUGGCCAACAUCACCGUACCCCAGGAGGAGAGGAGGGACGAGGAGCUAAUUUACCAUAAGAUCCAGGCAAAGGAUCUGGCGACAUUGGCUCCUGCGGUGGACUGGAUGCCUUACCUCACAGACGUGUUUGCUCCUGUUCUUCUAAAUGACUCAGAGCCUGUGGUGGUGUACGCCAAGGACUACCUCCAGAAGGUCUCUGACCUCAUUGCAAGCACUAACAAGAGUGUCCUGAACAACUACAUGAUCAUGAAGGUGGUGAGGAAGAUGGUGUCCAUCCUGGACAAGAAGUUCCAGGAUGCUGAGCAGCGCUUCUUUGAAGUCAUGUAUGGAACCAAGAAGAGCUGCACCCCACGCUGGAAGCUGUGCGUCAGCGACACAGACAGUGCCCUCGGCUUUGCUCUCGGGGCCCUCUUUGUCAAAGCCACUUUUGCUGAGGACAGCAAGGCCAUUGUAAGUGUUUCAAGGUAUUGCCUACACACCUACCUACACUGUGAACUGCCCCUGGGUGAGAUUUUGACAAGCCUUUCCUUUUCCCUAUAUUUCUAUCAGGCAGAAGAUAUGGUCUCUGAGAUCAAAUGGGCAUUUGAGGACAGCCUGAAGUAUGUGGACUGGAUGGAUCAGGGGACAAAAAAGGCAGCCAGAGAGAAGGCUGAAGCCAUUUACAACAUGGUUGGAUAUCCAAAAUUCAUAAUGGACCCCAAGGAGCUUGACAAAGUGUUCAAUGAUUUUGAGGUGGUGUCUGACCUGUAUUUUCAAAAUGUCAUGCAGUACUACAACUUCUCUGCCAGAGUGACUGCGGACCAGUUAAGGAAAACCCCCAACAGAGAUCAGUGGAGCAUGACCCCUCCUACAGUGAAUGCAUACUAUAAUCCUACCAAGAAUGAGAUGGUGCUCCCUGCGGGAAUCCUUCAAGCUCCUUUUUAUAGCCGCUCAUGGCCAAAGGCCCUGAACUUUGGGGGGAUUGGUGUAGUUAUGGGACAUGAGUUGACACAUGCUUUUGAUGACCAAGGGAGGGAGUACGACAAGGAUGGGAACCUCCGCCCCUGGUGGAAGAACUCAUCUGUGGAGGCCUUUAAGAAGCAGACCCAGUGUAUGGUGGAGCAGUACAGUAACUACAGCAUCAACAAGGAAGCCCUCAAUGGAAAACAUACCUUGGGAGAGAACAUAGCUGACAAUGGUGGCCUGAAGGCUGCCUACAAGGCUUAUGUGAACUGGAUUUCAAAGAAUGGAGAGGAGGCCACUCUGCCCGCCCUGGGGAUGACAAAUCAUCAGUUAUUUUUUGUUGGAUUUGCCCAGGUAUGGUGCUCAGUUCGAACUCCGGAAAGCUCGCAUGAGGGCAUCAUAACAGAUCCACACAGUCCGUCGAGAUUUCGAGUUAUUGGCACCAUCUCCAAUUCCCAUGAGUUCUCCAAGCACUUUGGCUGCAGGGCAGAUGCCCCCAUGAACCCUAAACACAAGUGUAAGCUUUGGUGAUGCCUAGCUACACAUAGGUAGGUCUGGCAGGUGGCAAAAUGGACACUGGGGACAUGGAGCAAAAAUAGAUGCAGUGGUAAAGUCUAUAAGGAAGGAGAGUACUGGUCUCAAUACCACUGAAAAUCCAGCUGUCUUACCCACUACACUUCUCAGUGUCCUUAAUGAGGACUGAAGCUGGAAGUUGAGCCAUAUCCAACUCUCUUCAUAAAGAAAAAUUGUUAUAGAAAUGAGCCUCUCUUUCCUCAAUGGAACUCUGAAAAUGUGCCUUCGUGUUCACUUAAUGGAGGGACAAUUUUAACACUGGAAACCAAAGGAAUGCUUGUAAAAAGGAGAACACUAAUGGGAACUUCUCUCAAUCAGAUUUUAUGAAGUUGUCAUAUGCAUUAUAGUAUUUAUUUGUUGUUUGUAUCAGUUAUAUCAAUACACCUCUGUGUUGUGUCUUCAGUUACUAUAUGUUCCUUGACUGCAAAAGAAAAUGACGAGUUGCAAUUCCUGGAUUUGGAUUGCGAUAUAAUCCAGAGGAAACGGUCAAUCACAUCUACAGUAUAAUACAAGUUACUGUCAUAAGUGGAUUGUAAAAGCCAUAUUUUAUUAUUGCACAUGAUUGAUCCGGUCAGUAAGCCCAAUGUGUAGGCCUAGCUUGUUUCUGCAUCAACAAAACCUAACACUGAUUUGGGUUAAUGUCUCCAGUGUAUGCUGUAGUGGUGUUGUUAGAAAGUGACCCUCACAUAAUUGGUAAAUGCCUGAUAUAAGAGACAUAUUUAAACAAAUAUUCAUUCAGAGUAUUCUGAAACUCAGGGAGGUACUGUUUAACCUUUAUUUACCAAUGCAAGUACUGAAAAAAAUAUAAACACAGCAUGUAAAGUGUUGGUCCCAUUUUUUUUUUACAAGCUGAAUUAAAAGAUCCCAGAAAUA